AUGAAAUGUGUGUUUGGUGCAUGGGGAGCCUGUCGGGCCGAAGGAGAAGAGAAGGAGAAGGCUAUACAGUCUGCAAAAGAAUCGCUAGCGCUUAUCGAGAAUCAGAUCAAUGGGAAGAAGUUUUUUGGAGGAGAACAGAUCGGAUUUCUGGAUCUGGUGAUUGGUUGGAUGUGUCGUUGGCUCGAAGUCAUGGAAAAAGUUGGGGGCAUGAAGCUACUUGACCCUCAAAGGUUCCCAGUACUCUAUGAAUGGGCUCAAAACUUCAUGGAAGUUCCAGUCAUCAGUGAAUGUAUGCCACCAAGAGAAUAUUUGGUCAACUAUUUCCAAGCUAGCCUCUCCUACUUGAGUUCCUUAUCCGCUAAUAAGCAAUGAUUUUCUGUUUUUACAAAGACCAAUUUGCUGGGAUUUGUUAAAUAUCACUGCAUCUGAGUCAUGUGUGUUUGUUUUUUUUUUCUUUUCAUACAUCUGUUUUCUUUUGGCUUGCUGAAUGAUAUGAUCUUGUACGAUUGUAUCUGAUGAUGUGUGGACUAGAAAUGUAACGACAUCCAGUAAGUUCGUGUAUGAUGAGUAAGCUGGAGAGCUUGAGGCUUGAAUGUUUGACUGCAAAUAUGAUAAUUAGACAAAUGGACAAUAAAG